CUACUUUCAGAUGAUUUUCGUGCAUUUUUGAAAACACUGGGACUGGAAAAGUACUACCCAAACAAGCUGACUCUGAGGUCUUUGCUGGAGAUCAACAGUGCCAGUGUAUCUGAUGAAGAGGUUCACUCACUGCAAGCCUUACCAUGGGCUUUCCUACGCAGAUUACUGAUGGUUAAUUCAAAUUCAAGAUCUUUAUGUGUACCUGGUGAAAAUAAUGACACAGAUGACAUGUUUGCUGAGCAGAGCUGUGAUGCUAACCCAAAUCUUCUAGAUCUUCACACUGCCCUCUUCGUCUGUGCAGACAGUUUCCUUCAGCAAGAGAUGGCACUUAAAAUGUCAAUGUGCCAGUUUGCAAUACCAUUCCUGUUACCUCAAGGAGUACACAAUCAAAGCACUCUCAUGUUAUGGGCUCUUAGAGGUAUCCUGAAAGAAUGGCGUCCACAUUCAAUGUCAGAAUCUAAAGGGUUUGUUGAGGACGGUGUCGUUCCUGCAAAAAUUCCCUUAAUAUCGUUUGUGAGGCUAAGCAACUGCAGUUUGUCCAAGUCACAGGUUUUGAACCAAGUGCUCAACAAUUCACAGCAGCACCAUGACUUCUUUUCACAUCGAGAAAUGAUUGGAGGAUCUGCUCCAAGGAUAAUCGCUAAUGGCAUGGUUGAAAUAUGCUGGAGUCUGCCAUGUGGAAACAAUAGCAUUGAUGUCUUUCCUGAGCCAGUGGCUAUUGCUAAUUUAAGAGGAGAUGUUUGCACAUUUGAAACACAAUUCAGUUUCCUUACUCAGGUGUCAACAGCUGUCUUUGUGUUCCUGGACAGUGUUGAAAAAAUGGAGCACAGGUUAUUUGCUUCUUUACAAGGAAGGAAAACCAAUAUCUUUCUUGUGGUUAAUGCUCAGAGAAAUAUGAGCCAGAAUGUGAAGUCUUCUAUCAAAGCAGCAGUUGAUACUCUGCAAUUGGAAAGAGAUCGCACCAUUGUGAAAAAUUAUACAGUGAAUUUGGCUAAUUUCUCAAUCAUGAUCAGUUCUGCCAUUAACAAAGUGCUAAGUGAGAAUCACAGAUCAUCAAUCACAGAAAUUGAGAGUAUGAAGAAAAUUGCUCAGGAAUUAGGUCUUUGCAUUGAUGAAUGUGAAAACAGAGCCUGUGGAUCAGCAGAGGAAAAAGCAGAGAAAAUCAUGAAAAGUAUUGGAGUUCGUCAAAUAGUGGAAUAUAAAAAGACACGGCUGCCACUGCAAGGUGAAAACUGGAAAAGACUGGCUCAGAUAGAAAAAGAGGAAUGCCGAUUACAACAACCAGGAGGGUUGACUUUGGAGGAGUAUAAGGUCAAACUUCAAAAAGACAAAGAUGACAUUUGGAAGAAACAAAGCAACUAUAAAUUGACAGAAACAAUGGACAUCUUAAUAAAGGCAUUGUCAGCCUCUGAUGACACUGAGCGAGCCUUUUUUCUCAGAUGGCUGGGACUAAAGCUGGACAUGCGAUCGCGCAAAGACAUGUCAAACCUUCGACACAAAUAUACAAAGUGCGAACAGCAGAAAGACAAAGAUGCUAUAGUUCGAUUAGACCAGGAGCUUCUUGAUUGUUCUCUUGGCAUAGAACACUACUUGAGAGAAAUGGGACAAAUCUAUGCGGCUGCUUCAUUUGGUUCAACUAAAAUGUCUGACAAAAUUCUCAGUCUCAAUCUCCCUACUCUGGCUGCCAAAAUGCUUCUAGCUGGGUUUCCUCUUGAACUACUUGAUGGAGAUGCAUCAAAUAUCUCAAAGAAAUGGGUGAGUGAAGUUCUCAUGGAGCUUCACAGGAUGGUUGGUCAGGAGAGCCGUUUGCUGGUUAUCACUGUGUUAGGGGUUCAGAGUACGGGUAAAUCAACACUACUCAACACUAUGUUUGGAGUUCAGUUUGCAGUGGGCAGUGGACGAUGCACACGUGGAGCAUUCAUGAUUUUCCUUCCUGUGGGUAAUGACUUGAAGGAGGAGUUAUGUUGUGACUUUGUCCUUCUGAUUGAUACAGAGGGUUUGAAAUCACCAGCACUGGCACAACUGGAAGACAGUUAUGAACAUGACAAUGAGUUGGCCACAUUUGUGAUUGGUCUGAGUGAUGUAACCAUCAUCAAUAUAGCAAUGGAGAAUUCCACAGAGAUGAAGGACAUCUUACAGAUAGCAGUUCAUGCUUUUUUACGGAUGAAGGAGGUUGGUAAAAAAACAGUCUGCCACUUUGUCCACCAAAAUGUUGCUGGUGUAUCUGCAUAUGACAAAAACAUGACAGACCGAAAAAAGCUCCUGGACCAAUUAAAUGAGAUGACAGUGAUUGCAGCUGAAAUGGAAAAGCAGCCUAAUGUGAAGAAAUUCACAGAUGUCUUAGAUUAUGAUGUGGAAAAGAACAACUGGUAUAUACCAGGCCUAUGGCAUGGCACACCACCAAUGGCACCAGUUAAUACAGGCUACAGUGUAGCUGUGUUGGAUUUUAAGAAAAACCUCUUGGAGAUGCUUAAAGCAAGAAAAGAUGAACAACCCUACCAGAUCCCAGAGUUCCUGCAGUGGAUAAGUAGCUUAUGGAGGGCAGUGAAGUUUGAGAACUUUAUAUUUAGUUUCAGAAACACCCUUGUGGCCCGUGCCUAUGAUGACCUUUGCAGAGAGUUUUCUGAAUGGGAGUGGUCUUUCAGAAGACAUAUCCUGUCUUUGUUUGCUAGUGCAGAAGUUCAAAUAUCUAACGCUGAAAGCAACAGUAUUCAUGAGGUUGUUGAGGCACUUCAAAAUAAUUCACAUAGGGAGAUUGCAGUUCAAACAAAAGAAAUUACUGACAAAUUGAAAGUCUACUACAAAAGGAAAGACUGUAAUGUGCAUUUAGUGGAAAAGUACAAAGCUGAUUUUACCAAUAGCAUUAAAUCUCUGGAGACUGAAAUGAAGCAUGAAGUGAGAAAGAAAUUAGAAGCUGCUGCUGAGAAGAGGAGAAACAAGGAGAAAGUAGAAGAGAUACAAAAUAAGCAAGCUGCUAUGAUUGAGUGUCAAGUCCGGCAGUUACUGCAGAAUUACAAAUAUCGUAACGAUGCAGUGUCUGAUGAUGACCUCAAAGCUGAUUUUGAGAGAAUGUGGGGAAAAGAGGUGGCAAACAUCACUGGUCUAAAAGAAAAGGAUGUUCCUGCUGAUGUUUUGAAGCAACUGCGAGCAAGUUUAGGAAAUCGCCAAGUCAUGGAGUAUUUGCAGAAAGUUAAGAGUUUGACACAGUAUGGGCAAGAAGAUUUCAAGACCAAGACAAGACAUUUAAACUUGGGGAAAAAUUUUGAAAAACUAAUCAACCUUUUUAUGCAAAAAAGUCUAAAGCAAGACCUACAGAUUGUUGCAGUUGAUGUCAUUAACAGUUGUAGUAGGAUGAUUGAACAGUUCACACAAUCCAAAAGUGAUUACCAAGAGACAUUUACAAAAGAUGUCCUUGAUAAAAUUGAUGAACACCUCAAAAAAGCAGGCUCCAAAUUCACUACCAAAUUUGAACUUGACCUUAAAUUGCACAUUUGUGGCAUUGCUUCUCGGAAAUUCACAGCGAUGCACAGGAAGUAUAUCACUGAGCAAGAUCCAUUAAAUCAUAUACAGAAAUUUAAGAGGCAGUAUGUCUCUGAUUUCAUUGAUUUGUACAGAGAGAGGGACCAGUGCCAGAGGAAAGCACGAGACUUCACUCAGCUCUGUCUCAAACCAGCAGUGACUGAGUACAUCGACCAUGGUAUCGGACCUGACAUUGUUGAUGCAGUUUUGGAGCGUAAAUCUACUGAGUAUAGUUCACGAGCACUGUUUCAGUACACCAUCCUGAAGGAACUACUGGAAAAAUCCAAAUUCAGUGACUUUGUAGAGUAUAUUUUGCAUUAUGAGAAUUAUGUCAAAGACUGGAUAUACAAUCACAUCAUUAAAUGCUUCUCCAAAGACAUAUCUUUGCAAGAAUUGAAAAUGAAGAAGCUGGACAGAGUAGUUAAAAAGAUCACUAACGCAGUAGAAGCAUCUAAGCUUGAAGCCAAUGGGUCUCCUUUGCCCAAUAAUGCAGAAGGUACCACAAUUCUGAUCCAAAACCUUUGCAAAGCUAUGAGUGAUGUCAUCUCAAUAUCCAUGAGCACAGUGGAGAGGGUCCUGUUUCAGAACACAAGCUGUUGUGAACCAUUCACCAAAAGUCUCUAUGAAUGCAUUGAUGACCUGAAACAGCAAAUAGCAAAGGAGAUCACCGAGUCAACUGAUACCACUGAGACUCUGAAAAAUGUGCCAGUAAAACCCCAAGAUGAGCUUUUCAAGAAGGUGUUUGGGUGUGGAGUGCAGUGUCCCUUUUGCAAAACACCAUGUGAGGCAGGUGGGAAGGAACAUCAGCUACACCAUGCAGCUGUGCACAGACCACAAGGACUGGGUAUGUACCGAUCCGUAACGACUAAUAUCCUUUGUGAAGAGAUUUGCACAUCUAGUGUUCAUGGCAAUGGGACAUUUCAAAACCGUGAAACAAAUUUCCAACCUCAUCCGUACAAAGACUACCGGAAAUACUACCCAGACUGGCAUAUUGCACCUGACAUGUCCAUAGAGGCCUCAGAUUACUGGAAGUAUGUGCUGGUGACAUUCAAUACGCAAUUUGCUGAAAGGUAUAAAGCAUUGCCAGCUGUAUAUCCAGAUGCGUGGAAGACAAUCACUAAAGAUCAGGCUUUUAUUAGUCUGAAGUGCAUGUUUAAUAUUAAAUAA